UGAUGAUGAUGAGGAGGAGGAGGAAGGGAGGGAGGGCCGCAGAAAUGUCAAACUACUUCAACUUGACACAAGAUGGAUUCCCGCUCUGUGAUUGACUUUAAAGCUCAUCAUAUCUGGUAAUUAGAAGGCCCGCGUGGCGUCCUCGCGGGCCUCAGAGACAACAAUGGAUUCCAACAUUCUGGAGAUAAUGGAGGAGUUCGUGGGGAGUCCGUUGGCUCGAUGGGUUCAGCUGUUUGAGAACAUCCUGGAGAGCGAAGCAGACAGCCGGCUCUGCGGCCAGUACAUGGAAGUGAGCUCAGCUUCUCGGAGCGCCAAAGACCUCUACGUGAAGCUCACCAAUGGGGUUUUCCUCAAUGAGGUCAUGAGGACUAUAGACCCAAACCCCAAGAUGGAGAGGCUGUAUGACAGCGAGAGAGACGACAACCUGCUGAGAGUCCAGAACUUCUCCAUUUUAAAUCGACACCUGAGGGCCUUCUACCAGGAAGACUUGCAGCAGUUGAUUCUGAUGCCGCUCCCAAACGUUGCCAUUCUGGGGCAGGACCCUUUCACAGAGGCAGCUGUGGAGGAGCUCAGACAACUGCUGCUGCUGUUACUAGGAUGUGCCGUUCAGUGUGAGAGGAAAGAAACUUUCAUUCAGCAGAUCCAGUCUCUGGACAUUGAGACUCAGGCAGCCAUUGCCAGCCUCAUCCAGCAGGUAACUCAGGAUCCUCGCAUGGUGCUGCCGCUUCGGUGGGAAGAGCUGAUGGACUCUGAAGGCACAGAUUUGCAACUAGUGUUCAGCUCCAUGGCCAAACAAAUCCAGAGCCUGUUAGCGCAGAGAGACUCGCACCUGGAGAGGAUAACAGAGCUGUGUCGAGAACGGGAAGCCCAGGUUGAUUCAACCGCAGCAGUCCCAGGUGGCCACAGCCAAGAGCCGCCCCAGAGUCUGGCGCUCCAGCUGGCAGACAGCAAAGCCAAACUCCGCCGGCUCAAACAACAACUGGAAGACAAAGGAGACCAGCUAUUGGAUUACAAGCACGAGAUUCAGACCAUGGAAGAACAAAUCAAAAAGCUUCAAAAAGAGAACCGUUCUCUGCAGAGCGACGCCAGAGCCACACGAGCACUGCGGGAUGAGCUGGACUGCGCCCGAGAGCGAGCUACACGGACGGAGCAGCUCCAGACUGAGCUUCAGAGCUGUAAACACAGAUUACGCAGCCUGGAGCUCACGCGCACUCAGCUGAAGGAGCAGCAGCAGCUCUGCGCGGCGUUGCAGGAGACGAAAACUCUUCUGGAGGAGCAGCUGGCUGACGCGCGGGAGCGCUGCUCCUCGCUGAGGGAGCUGGAGAGGGACAAUCUUUUGCUGCGUCAGAGGAUCAUAGAUGUAGAGGCGGAGCGGGACACUGAGAGGCAGCGUGUUGAUGAGCUACUGGAGAUGAACAUGAGCCUCGAGGCGGACCUGAGGCACGCCAUCACCAGCAGAGAGAACGUUCCUGUUCCGGCAGCCGUGAUUCAUCAGCGUUUCCUCUGCGCAGAGCUGGAUUCUGACGAGGAGUUUAGUGAACUGACAGAUCACAAACCGCUGAGCGUGGAAGUAGGCGAGGCUUCAACGCUGAGGCUCCUUGGAGCAGAGCAGGAAAACGCAGAGCUGAGGAGACGACUGGAGGAGCUGCAGGCCCAUCAGGAGGUAAACUCUCCAGAUGCAAAAGAUGAGCUGUCCUGUUUGGAGAUGGAGCACCAGAACACACUCAGGGAGUUUCAAAACCUGAAGAACGAAAACGUCACUUUAAAACAACGCCUGGAAGAGCUGCUGACUCAACUUCAACACCUGAGGGACUCGGGAAAAGUGGGAGGCAUUAAAAAACUUUCCAGAGAAGAUGAAGAGAUUGUUAGAGGCGUCCAGGGUUGUGAGUCCUGCAGGAUAGAAGGGGAAGGAAGGGUGAGACUGAUGGAGGACAGGGAGAAAACGGGACACGUCAUUGGGAGUCAGCGGGAAGCAGGAGUUGGCGAGGAGGGCCUUCAUGGUCAAGAGGGAAGAUGUGAACCCUGUGAAAUUGAAAUUCAGGCCAAAAGGCGAGGAGAAGCAGAGGGAGGACAGAAAGAAAGGCACAAAUGGGACAAAGAUGGAGAACCAAAGGAGGAACAGGCUGUCAUGACUGCAAGUUCAGAGAUCCCAAAGCAUCCCACGGAGGACCACGUUGAAGUCAAAGAUACAACCUCAGCUGUGUGUGCCCUGUCUGGUCCUGAUGUGGAGCUUCUGACAAAACAGCUCCAGGAGGCCCAGGAGGAGGUGGACCGACAGGUGGAGCUGGCUCAGAACCUGCGUUCAAAGCUGGCAGAGCAAAGCAGGAAGACAUGGGAGGCAGAGCAGAAGCUGGUCCUCUCGGAGUCUGAGCUGCAGCGCCUGAAGAAAGCUGCAGAGAGUCUGCUCGAGGCUCGAAGGCAGAUUGAGGUUCUCCAGUCAGAUGGUCUGGCCAUGGAGGAGGAGCUGUGCCGCCUCCGAAGCCAGGUGGAGCUCCAAAGGAUGCAAACAACGGUCAUCGCCACCCUGGAAGGAGAACGCGCUGCGCUGGAGAGAGACCGAGACGCUCUGCGCAGCUCGGUGGAUGCUCUGCGGUCUGCCCAGCGCAAGAGCAACCAGUUGGAGCUCACCACCCAGACACUCAAAGCCGAGCUGGAGCGCCAAGGCCGUAGUUUGGAGACGUCCCGCCGCCGGGAGGAGCAGCUCGAGGUGGAGCUCCGCGAGGCAACGCUGGAAGCCGAAUCUCUGGCCAGAUCGCGAGACCAGGCGCUGCUGGAGGCCUCGCGGCUGGAGAAGGAGAAAGAGGCGUGCCAGUCGGAGUUAGACAUGCAGCAGAAGGAAGGGCGCCAGCGAGAGAGGGAGGCGGCGAGGCUCAGGCAGCAGCUGGAGAGCACAACCUUGGCCCUGGAGCACAGCAACCAGAGAGCUUGUGCUCUAGAUGCUGAACACAGGCGUGUGUGUAAGCAGUUGUCAGAGACCAAGGAGCUCUGCACUCGGCUGGAGGACCUGGAGAAAGAGCUCAGCACUCGAUUAAGCAGCAUGGAGGAGGGGAAACAGCAGCUGCAGGAGCAGCAUGCAGAGGCACAGGCCAAGAUGAGCUCGCUGUCCCAGGAUCUUUCAAGCGAACAGGCGCGCUCGCAGAAACUGACCGCUGAAGUCGAACGACUGAGCCAGAGGCUACAAAGAUCUGAGGCUGAACUCAAAGCCACAACGGAUUCUCUGAACCAGACGCAGCAGAGAGCAGAGUCGCUCUCACAGCACCUCAGGAGAAGCGAGGCUCUGCUUCAUUUAGAAAAGAGUCAAGCAAGCGCAGAAGUGAAGUCGGUUUCAAAUUCAGAGUUUUCAGGCACACAGGAGGAGGCGCCGCCUCCAGAUCAAAGCCCUGAAACUGGCAGAGGUCCUGCCCUCUCGGUGACCCCCCAUCACUCCUCAGGAGAGCUGGAGCAGAGGGUGACGGAGCUGGAGAAGGAGAGACUGGUGGCUGUUGCAGAACAGGAAGCUCUGCUGAUGCGCUUGUCUCAGUCCCAGGAGGCCUGUGAACACCUGAGAGGAGAGCUUGAGGCUUUGCGUCGACACUCACUCAGCCUGCAGGAUUCCUGCACUCGAUUGCAACAACUUAACACGCAGCUACAGGUAGAGCAGGCAUCAUUUAGUUCCCAGCAUGCAUCAGCGCUGGCCCGCUGCAGCGAGAGCGAAGCUCGGUGUGCCGCGCUGGAGGCCGAGUCAAAGGUGUGGGCUCGGGAACGUGAGGAGUCUGCGGCCAGGAUGGAGGCUUUGAGGCGAGACCACGAGCGGAUGACGGCGUUGCAGCAGCAGCAGGAGGUGGAGCUGGAGGAGCUGCUGGACAAACAUUCACAGCUGAGGAGCAACAACCGCAGCCUGGAGGCUCAGUACCGGGAGCUGGAGGGCAGGUACAAGGAACUCCUGGGCGGAAAAGCCCAGCUGGAGGAGAGGGAGAAGGAAAUGAAGAUGGAGAGGGAGGCGAUGGAGGCGGAGGCCCAGAAGAAGCUGGAGACAGAACGAGAGCUGGAGAGGAUGAAAGAAGAUAACGAGAGGCUGCAGGCCCAGCAGAGGGAGUGGUUGGCGUCACAGGCGGAGCUGUUGGCACACGGUUCUGUGCUGAAGGCGGAGCUGAGCGCCUCCCAGCUGGAGAGGACUCGACUGGAGGGGGAACUCAGCGGCCUGAGGGAGACCAACCAGAGCCUGGAUCUCAGCAGCGCUCGGCUCACCAGCCAGUACCAGCUCCUCACCCAGCUGAAGGGGAACAUGGAGGAAGAGAACAAACACUUGAUGGAGCAGAACCAGAGUCUUCUAAAGGAGAACCGGGCCUUGCUGGAGCAGAGUCUAGAGCGCCGUGACCAGCAUUAUUCGGAACAGAAGGAGUACCAGGAGAAGCUGAGUGAACUCCGUCGGGAGAAGCAGAAGCUGGUGGAGAAGAUAAUGGAUCAGUACAGAGUCCUUGAGCCCAGCGUGCAACCUUCACCAAACAAGGCCAAAAAAACUAACUGGAUCGCAGACAGGAUGAAGAAGCUAAUCAAACCCCGGGGAGGAGGGCGAGAGGGGCGAGCCGUCUUUACCGCCGCAGGCAGUGUGGAGAACCUGGCCGACGCCGCCGAGUACACAUCAGACCCACCUAAGAUCGAUCCUCGCAGCGCUCCAGUCUCUCCAUCUCUUCAGAGGAAAUUAUCCAACCACGCUGAGCCAGACAUCUCUGCUCCCGGGACUCCCACUCUGCGCUCUGGCUCCGGGGGGCGCCGCAAGCUGGGCUCCCGCCAUGGCUGGGGAAUCGGUUUGGCCAGAGGAGGCUCUGGUGUUUCCCAAUCCUUCAGUCCGGGUGACCAGAAGACGCAUCCUCGUCAGCGAUUGCGCUCCAGCCAGACGUCCCAGACCUCCCAGAGUUCAGUGCUGUGGGAAGGAGCGGGCGCAGAGAUGAGCAGACAUCUGGAUCCCGAGUCGCCCCUGACCUCUCAGGAUGGCGUUGAAGAAGAUGACGGGAGGGGUGGGGAGAAAGAACAAUGAGGAGGAAGAGAACAUGCCAAGUUGAAGCCAAAAACACAUUUCAGGAAAUAGUAUUUUUCAUGCGGGAAAGGGUCAUAUUUUCAACCUAAUUUUUACCUGAAGUUGGACCGCUGGGAGCCUCUGAAACUGUUUUAUCCUGCAGCCUUGUGUCUGUUAGACUAUCAACAAGGCUGAGACAAAAACUCUCCACAGCUGAAUUACCAGCAAAUAUUUUAUAAUAUUCAGUAAAGUGUUUUGAUGAA